AUGCCGCCUGCGGCCUUGUCAGGGCCUGUACCCUCGUCAACCUCCCACCUGUCCCUCCCCUCGCUCGAUUCAACCGGCUCGGGUAGUUCCAACGACGUGCACCAUGCCCACAAAAUGAACCUUGUGACCGACCCCGUCGUCAUGCAACAAAUGGCUGCCGAGGAAACCAUCACUGCCAUGGAGGCCCACGUGAGCUGCUCCAUGAACCUGCAGCGGCAGGCCGAUCAACAUGCCGCUGCGCGCCAGCAGGCCGAGCUCAUUAAAAACUCAGCCCUCACACAGGCUCUCAAUGGUAACUGUACCCAGAACGUCGUCGAGGAACACCAACGCGCCGACUCGGAAGCGCAGAUGCACGCUCAACUCGAAGUGGCUGCUCGUCAAAAGGCGCAAGCCCAUGCUCACGCUGCCCAAACACUGGAUAGCGCUCUGGAGGAGCAGGUCAUUCGUCUGCAAACGGAUCCGCAAACCACCAUCCUGGCCAGCGCAGCUACCACGCUGCCCGCCAACGUCGUCCCUCUUCCCGAGGCUGUUGAUACGCUUGGCGCUUCCUCCAAUCAUGCCUUUCGUAUGCCCGGGCUGCAGCCUGAUGCCAACAGCAACAUGGAUGGACUGGCCAUGGCCAACCCAGACACCGCCCUAUCCAACGUUGGAGAUCCUUCCACUCCACUUGGCACUUUGAGUCAUGCCAGUACCCCCUCGGUCAACAACGCAGCCGUGGUGGAUCCCCACGUUCAUGCUUCAGCAGCCAUGGGAAGCUUGGCAAACCCGGCGAGUACCGCCAGUUUUGACGAUCUCACAGCCUUGUCAGAAACUGCUCCGCCCCCUUCCGUGAUGGGCGUUGGUACCGGCGUGGGCAUGGGAUCACCCUCAUUUGCAGCCUCAGCUUUGCCUACCACUGAUGCCACAUCAGCCCCCAUCAUGUCAGACCUCCUGCCCACCAUCAACGCGGGUCAAAGCACUGAACCGCUAGCAUCCUCUAGCGCGGGCAAGGCGCUCGACGACAUGAUUCUCAGCAAGCCCGCCCUCUCUGCCUCGUCUGUCGCCUCGUCUGCCUCGAACAGCACAACUGGUCACGGUCGUGGCCCUUCGGCGACAGACUCGGGCGUCAACCUUGCUGGCCUGGCCGCCGUCACGACCGCCACUGGCAGCACCAGCCUGUCCCAUCCCUCGCCCAACCUCGUCUCGCUGGCCUCGUCCAGUUUGUUGCCAACUUUUGGCAGCAACGUUGCCAGUAGCUCGAGCGCCAACAUGACCAGCAACAGCAAUAUGGGCUUUGCCGGUGGUAUGGGCCUGCCGACCGUCACUGCCACGCAGUCGACGCACAUUAUGGAUCAGGCCGAUGCUGCCAUUGCCCAGGCCCAGGCCAUCGCCGACUUGAAUGGCAUGGACCAGCCGCUGUUGAAUGCAGGACAAACGCCCCUGUCCAGCGACGCGCUCUCCAUUUUGGGUAACCGCAUGGGGUCCUCAGUGGUCACCACCAACGCCGAUCUCGACAGCAUCAUGCUGCAAAUGCAUGAGGAAGCUUCUGUUCAAUCCAUUGCCGAGGCAUUGGACGGGAAGAUCCCUUCAAUGCCCUCGAUUCCAGCCGGCACGGACGUUCCUGGCGUGCGUGAGACACUCGAUCGUAUCAUGACCCGUCGAGCCCACGCGCAACUUCGUUUGUUGUCCGGAAGCUCCGGCGCUGCACCCCCGAUCCCUACCGCCACCACAACCGUGGGCUCGGGUUUGUUGAGUUCUUCGGGUACCACAGCGUCCACCUUUGCCCCUGCUGAUGAUUUUGCAAAGCCCCUCCCUUUCACCGGCCUUCGUCGAUCGGCGCGCAUGGCUGCCAAGGGAUUGCCCUCGAAAAACCCUCCCCCCUCGUCACAUGUGGCUUCGAAGCGCGCUCCCUCCAAGGGGAGCGGGGGCCAUGCUGGCGCUGGGGGUCAACGUCGACCUUCCGCUGGUAAGCGUGGGCACGGUGCAUCUGUGCAUGCGGUGGCCGGCAAGCGUGGUCCCUCAUCGGGGUCCAUGGUGGCCGGCAAGCGAGGCCCUACGGCCUCAAAUCGCAGUGGUCAGGCGAAUCUUCCUACCUCCACUGCAACCCGCAGUGGUAGUGGCGAGCCCGCCGCUAAACAAUCAAAGUCGGCCCGCCGCAAGGCACGGCGCUCUUCCAAGUACCCUCGCGAGUGUCCCGCGCCGGGCUGUGAUAAGAUUUUCAGCUCUUCGGCCGGUUUCUAUUACCACGUUCGGACUGUUCACAACGCCAACAAAAACGCUGCGUUGGAUUGUCCCGUCCGUGGCUGUGGGAAAAGCUUCCGCUCCGCCCCUGGCCUUGAGUACCACUUGCAGAAACACAAAGAGGGCCAAAUUACCGACGACAAUGGCAAGCUGUUACUGUGCGAUGAUACCAAAAUUGCCAAGAAAACUGCCAUGACGCGACGUCGCAACGGUUCGCUCAAGGCUACCGAGGCGUGUGAUUUGGCUUCAAAUGAUCAGUUUUAG